CGAGCGUAUCGCUGUUGAUCUAUACAUUGCAGGUCGGCAAUAUGGCGUUCUCAAGAGUACCCUUGCUGCUGGCCCUGUCCCACAUGCUCCUAGCGACCGCCGAGCAGCCAUCCGCUCCAUCGCCUAUCGCCGCGCCGCUGAGAGAUCUGCCUUGGGGUCAGCUCAACUUCCUACACACUACAGACACCCAUGGAUGGCAUGGUGGGCAUCUCCAAGAAGCACAAUACUCUGCUGACUGGGGUGACUACAUCUCGUUCGCAUCGCAUCUACGUAAGCGAGCCGACGACGAAGGCAGCGAUCUGUUGUUGAUCGACACUGGCGACCGCGUUGAAGGAAAUGGGCUCUACGACGCGAGCAAGCCGAAGGGCGAAUAUACCUUUGACAUCAUCAAGCAUCAAAGGAUAGAUGUCAUAACAUCCGGUAACCAUGAGCUGUACGUGAGGAAUACGAGCAUUCGAGAAUACAACGAAGUCGUGCCAGAUUUCAAGAACGCAUACAUAGCCAGCAACUUGGACAUCUUCGACCCAAAGACCGGCGAACAAGUACCGCUCGCGCAGAGGUUUCGCAAAUUCACGACCAAGAAUCAGAGAAUCCGAGUCGUUGCAUUCGGCUUCCUGUUCAACUUUAAGGGCAAUGCCAACAACACAGUCGUACAACCAGUAGAAGAGACGAUCAAAGAGCAGUGGUUCAAAGACGCGAUUGACGACAAGGAGGUGGAUCUGUUCCUCGUGGCGGGGCAUGUCCCGGUCAGAGAUAGUCCGGAGUUCGAGGCAGUAUUCAAGGCAAUUCGUAACGUGAACUGGGAUGCCCCGAUUGUAUUCUUCGGCGGCCAUACGCACAUUCGUGACUAUCGCAAGUUCGGGAAGAAUGCAUGGGGUCUUGAGAGUGGGCGGUAUAUGGAGACACUCGGUUUCAUGUCCAUUACCGGAUUAGGCACUGGCGAGAAGGAAGGUGAAAUGAUGGCUGCGGCCAAGUCGCCAGAUUACCGCCGACUUUACAUCGACAACAACCUAUUCUCUCUCCAUCGUCACUCCGGGACCAAUAAAUCCACCUUUGACACCGAGCUGGGCAAGAACGUCUCGAAAGCUAUUCACACUGCCAGACAAGAGCUGGAUCUAGACCAUGCCUAUGGAUGCGCACCACACGACUUCUGGUUGAGCCGCGUUCCCUAUCCUUCUGAUGACAGUAUUUUGACCUUGCUGGAAUCGAAGAUUCUCCCGGACACUUUCAAAGACGCCAAAGCACCCAGCAUAAUUCUUACCAACAGUGGCGCUAUACGCUUCGACAUCUUUAAGGGACCCUUUACGAUAGAUUCAACCUUCCUAGUAUCGCCCUUUACGAGUGGAUUUCGAACCAUCAAGAAUGUGCCGUACAAAGCCGCUAGCCAAGUCUUGCAAAUGCUCAACAGCGAAGGACCUAUCCUCCCAAGUGACCUUCUGGCUCUAGAAGGCGCAGGUGAUCCGAGUAGAAUCGACGAGCUCGUGCUACACCUUCCUGUCAGCGCGGAUAGCCUACUUCACUCUGAGUUGCUGCCUACCAAGCUACAUCCGCAGAUUGGGGUACAGAGUCAAGUGCCAUUCGUUACGGAUAAUGAUAAGGACGAUGACAAGGAUCAGCCACAAGUGCCAGGGUACACUACCAAAGACGAUGCGGGCAGCGACGGCGAUGACACGAUUCAUAAACCUAUCAAAUUCUAUGAUGUCCCGAAUUGCAUUGGCACGAAUGUGAGCUUCCCUGCUGCCGCCGAGCCUGAAAAUGUCGACUUGGUGUACAACGAGUUCAUCCAGAAUUGGGUAUUGCUCGCUCUCAGAUACCUUGGAGAGAAGCGUGAAGUGGAAGACACGGUUUCGGCGCUGGACGGCAAGACUUUGACAGAUGUCAUCUCCGGAUGGAUACACGAUAAUUGGGCGUGUAAGGAGGAGUAGGGCAUAUGACUUAUGAUGUUGAUGAUGGCGUUAUGGAGCGUAGGAUAGAAUUGAAAAUUCAAUGAGAUGAUCUAUUACAGGUCCGCUUCAAGAGUGCUGAAAUGACUCUCCUAUACUAUCAGGUAACUGUUGGAAAGUUGGGGAUUGGGAGAAAGUGCGGCUCGAGACAAAUCCGCAAAAUUGGAAUCCUGUGUAUUCUCCUUCUAUCUACAAUACACACUCCCUCAAUCGUCGCAAUAAGGUACAGUAGAGAGACCUAGCAUACGCAAAACAUUAGCAGAUAU